CUAUCUAACCAUACAUUUUCAACAUGCUGUUCAUAUUUUGAAAUAUUCAAAGUGUUUUUUUGGUAUUUAGAAGAAUAUAAAAUGUUACAAAGCUCAAGAAAAUUCCGAACGCUAUGCAAGCUGAUGCGUUCCAGCUCUCUGCAUCGAAAACCAUUAUUUAACACUGCUAUCCCAGCUAAUUUCAUCAUUUCAAGGGGCAAGCGUAACAAUUCUGCACCAAUUUCAUCUCUAUUUACUCCAGUGACUGUCCAACAGAACACCGAUGAUGAAAAUGUAGGCGCAGAACUCACAGGAACAAUAAACAAAGCUGACUUGCUAAAAAUCCUUAAUAAAUUCUAUCAAAAACGUGAAAUAAAACUACUUUUACAAGAAAAUGGACUUGACAACUUUCUACAACAUCAGGCCUACAUUAGCUUCAGGAGAUACUGCCUGGAAGCUCAGAAUCUUCCAGUGGAUCUUCACAUAGUAAUCAGUGAUAUCAUCCAGGGAGCAGCGAAUGCUUCAGAUAUUCUUCCAUACUUUUUAAGGCAUGCAAAACAAAUGUUUCCACAUCUAGACUGCAUGGAUGACCUUAAGAAAAUCUCAGAUUUACGAACGCCUGCUAACUGGUAUCCAGAUGCUAGGGCCAUAACAAGGAAAAUAAUCUUUCACGCUGGGCCUACAAAUAGUGGUAAAACUUAUCAUGCACUUGAAAGAUUCAUGACAGCAAAGAGUGGUGUGUAUUGUGGCCCAUUGAAACUCUUAGCUAGUGAAGUAUUUAAUAAAUCAAAUAAUAAUGGCACUCCUUGUGAUUUGGUCACUGGAGAAGAGCGAAACUUUGCUGAUCCGAGCGGCAGUGCAUCUUCACAUGUCUCCUGCACAGUAGAAAUGACUUCUGUGAAUACCCCAUAUGAAGUAGCUGUAAUCGAUGAAAUCCAAAUGAUAAAAGACCCUAGCCGUGGCUGGGCAUGGACACGAGCAUUACUAGGAAUCGUCGCUGAAGAAAUCCACCUUUGUGGUGAACCAGGCGCAAUAGAUCUAAUCAAACAACUCUGCCUCACCACCGGUGAAGACGUCGAAGUACGCAAAUACAAACGCCUCACCGAGCUGAAAAUCGAAGACGCACCUCUAGGAGGCUUAGACAACGUCCAACCGGGUGAUUGCAUCGUGUGUUUCAGCAAAAACGACAUUUAUUCAGUGUCACGCGGGAUAGAAGCCACCGGAAGGGAAGUCGCAGUCAUCUAUGGCGGACUUCCGCCUAAUACAAAACUUGCACAAGCUGCCAAAUUCAACGACGUUGAUAAUAGUUGUAAGAUAUUAGUGGCCACAGAUGCAAUAGGCAUGGGAUUAAAUCUAAGCAUUCGAAGAAUCAUUUUUCAUUCGUUGAUAAAACCAGUAAUCAAUGAAAAAGGGGAAAAAGAAAUGGACACCAUGUCUGUAUCACAAGCAUUACAAAUCGCAGGGAGAGCUGGGAGAUACGGAACAAAAUGGGAGCAAGGAUUUGUCACAACUUUCAAACCUGAAGACUUAAACACACUGAAAACAUUGUUAUCUUCACCGACUGAACCCAUAACUCAAGCUGGUCUUCACCCUACAGCCGAACAAAUAGAAUUAUACGCUUAUCACCUCCCAAAUUCAACUUUAAGUAACUUAAUGGAAAUUUUUGUCAGUUUAUCAACUGUAGAUGAUUCUUUGUACUUUAUGUGUAACAUUGAAGAUUUUAAGUUCCUUGCUGAUAUGAUCCAACAUGUCCCGCUGCCAUUACGUGCAAGAUACGUGUUUUGCUGUGCUCCUAUCAACAAAAAGUUACCAUUUGUCUGCACAAUGUUCCUAAAGUAUGCAAGGCAAUACAGUAAAAACGAGCGAAUUACCUUUGACUGGCUGUGUAGAAACAUCAACUGGCCUGUACAAACACCAAAAACCAUCAUAGAUCUCGUUCACCUGGAAGCUGUCUUCGAUGUGUUGGAUUUAUACCUCUGGUUGAGUUAUCGCUUCAUGGAUUUGUUCGGUGAAGCAGCGCAAGUGCGUGACAUGCAGAAGGAACUCGACGCUGUUAUACAACAAGGCGUUGUACAGAUUACCAGAUUAUUGAGAAACUCAGAAACUGGUAUUGCUAGUGGUGAUGCAGCUGCUCCCGAUGAGGAUGCUUACGCUUUACGCAGAAAACAACAAAAUUAUCUACAAGGAAUAUCCACAUCUAUGGGUCGUUGGCAUCCAUCUUGUUUUAUAAAAAGAAUAAUUUCGUCGCAGGACUCUUUGAAAUAACAACAGGAGAAGUUUUAUUACCUCCUGUAGACUUCUUACCACCAGAGGGCAUAGUAUCACCCCGUCGUUGAUGCAUCCGCACAUGACUGGACAACGCCGCCAUAUUGCGGAAUUCAUCAUCACAAAUCGGACACACACAACAUCCUUUGGGAAUAAAAGGUACCCCAGGAUGUGCAUCCCUUGUAUGAUCUCUUAAUUCCUCCUCACCUCCAAAUUCCGCGCCACAGAUCUUACAAUACUCAUAACCUUUCUUAAACUUCUUUUUAGGUUGUGUCACCACUGGUGGUUCCAAUGCAGGUCUCUUCCCUGUUGAUGAUUCAACUUUAACAUGAGCGAGUCUCAUGUGUUCAUUGAGUUCAUCCGCACGUUCGAAAAACU